CUCGGCCACUGUUGUGCUGUACUACUGGAAGCGGCAAGUUUGAGCUGAAGCGGCGGUGAGCACGGUGCGUGUGACCUGGUGUGUCAGUACUCUCAGAUGCCCCUUUCAGUAGCCAGACGUUCUCAUUCUCUUGCCAAGGGCCAUUCCAAGCCCAGAAAGAAGAAGCAACAAAAACAGGAAUGGGAUAGUACAGUGAAUGAUCUCUCAGUUCAUCGGGCAACUGUUGAAGAGCUGAUGUAUCGACAUGAAAUCCACAAAUCAAAAAAUCAGUGGCUGGCUCAUUGGGAACUCCAGAAUAUGAAAAAUAAGCAAGAAAACCGUCAAACACCUGACCCUGUGCAAAGGAAGCGUGUUCUCCUUAUGAAGGAGAUCCUGUCUGACCAAUAUGAGAUGAAUGAAGUCCUCGAGAGGUCUGAUAGAGCCUUGGCUGUGGUAAAGGAUCUCUUCGGAGAUGCUCCUCGUCGGCACACAGGAUUUCCUAAUGUUACAAUGGCACCUACCAAUGAUCCUGAAGUACUUCGGGCCCCAAUAAUUCAGAGAAAGGAUCCCCCUACACAGCUCUCAAUUCUUAGUGAGUCUGUCAUGGACCCACAGGCACUUAAUGAAGUAGAACAGUCAGUUUUGUCAGAACACAGUGAAGAGGAACUUGAAGAAUCUCUCACCUUUCAAUCAAAGCUUCACACAGAACCGAUUCCACAGGCUAGGAUGAAGAAGACUUCACAGCUUAUCUCUCAGUCUUGGGCUGAUAAAACCCCAUGUAAACAAUCGGGUGCUUUAUCACACAGCCAGACAGCAUUAAAUGCUACAGAAGCAGUCAAACGGGUGAGAUCCCGUUUGCCAAUAGAGGAACAAGAAGAGGUGGUGGUAUCAGGGGAAAUUGGACAAGUGAUCAACCCAAACCCACCGCAGAGAAACCACAGACCCCAGUCAAAAGCAAAGAAAGCUCGCGUUAAGCCUUCAUCAGUUCAUAGUAAGGACCAUUCCCUUUCUAAUACGUUUACCGGUGAGCUCCCGUGCAACUCCUCCAGCCUUAACCAGAUGAUUCAGGAUGUGCAGAAUGAGCUGGAUGAAUAUGAAAGACAGAGAGGAAGGGAAGUGAUGAUUCUUCCCAAAACUCACGGGUUAACCGGAUUCACUCUCUCUCUAGUCAGCUCUUUAAGACGACUGGUAUCUUACCUAAAGGAGUGGGAUGUCCAGCUGCACACCGAGUCAGAGGAGCGACGGCGUUUGCAUGGAGAGCUGGCUGAGCAGCGGAUCUUGAUAGAUGCCCUCACCGCUGAGAUCCUUAAACUGAAAGAAGGAAACGCAGUCACUGAGGUGCCUUAUACACUGCCUCUGAGAUACCCUAAUGUUGCUUCCAUACAGAAGUGCGUGAGAAACGGAGAAAGCAGGAGCACCCUGUCUGAUACAGUUACUAGCAGCCCUGAUAGGGAACACGUUUUUACUCCAGCAAAUUCAGUAUAUAGCCAAGAUUUGAAAAUCCAGCAUGAAAAGAAGCCUUCUCCCAAGCACACCGUUGACCCUGUUUACCAGGAUGCCUGUCAUGUGGAUAAAACCAAAUUGGGAAGGCACCUUCCAUCCCAUAUAUUUGAGCCUGCUGUCAUGUUAUCCCCACCCAGACAGAGGACUCAAUGUGAAUUUGCCAAUGAGUCCAGAUUGCUUGAUACCAGUGCAACUGUCCCUUCAUCACCCACUGAUAAGUCCUCAGUGAGUAUAGAAAAUUACAGCGGCAACAAACCAUUAGACCAUCCAAAACCACCUGACAAUGCCCAGGAAUCAACAGUUUGUGAGAGAUCACACCAGACAAUGGCUUAUUUUGACAUACCACAGUCUUAUCCCUGCCACCAAGGGCCACAUCAUCACCUUGAACCCGUCAAGCACCAAUCCCUAGACUGUAACACCGCAAAGGAAGAAAUCAAAGACGCUUACACCUGUAACACCGACCUGGCAACCCGUAUGGCUGAAUUAACCCUACAAAACUCCAUCUUAAAGACUCAGCUGGAAAGGCUUGGCUUUGUAACUACAGAUGGAUGGAAAUCUCCAAGCAGUCCUGAAGCCUGCAAAGAAAAUAAGAAACCAACAGCUGAUUCUCCGCAGACGAAUCUGGAGCUGCGUAUAGCAGAGAUGAAUCGCCAGAGGGCUGAAGCUCGAAAGAAGCUUUUAGCACUAAUCGAAGAGCAGAAACAAAGUAUCAUGGUAUCUCCUCCACUAUCUCCCAUCCCGCCAAAGAAUGAUUCUCCUGCUACCGAAAGAACAUCUGAAGUGGUCGCACCAGUUCUUCAUCUCACUAACCCCUCCCAAGAGGAUACAAAGUCGCCAGUGAGCGGGACCUGUGUAAGACGACCUUCAGAUAUUACUAACAGGGCUGGAUCCUACCCAGGUGGAAGACCAGGAUCGUGUGCGCAGUGGCCAAAGGUGGCAAAAGCUCAGAGAGAAGAAGCCUGGUUUGCGCUUUCUUCUCACAUUUCCUGAUCCCCAGAACACGCUGUAGACUGACGGCCUUCACUACUGGCUCCAUAUAAAUGCACAUGAUUGUUCCACACAAGCUUUUACUGAUUAUUUAACUUAUUUAUAUUUUUUUAUUUCCUAAUAAAUGAUUUAAACGUU